CUUUAGAGUGUACGCAGCUAAUCAUCCCAGGACCCUGGAGCGCCCUAUCAAUGCCUUUUGAACAGGGUUCUCUCUUCUUUGCAGAAUAUGGCCCCGAGAAGAAUGCAGCAGGUGGGGGCGGGGCCUUCCACGGAGCAAGCCUAUAUCUACAAGGUGGUUCUGCUGGGGAGCACGGCCGUGGGAAAGUCAAGCAUAGCCUUCCGCUAUGUGAAAAAUGUCUUCAGGGAAUCCAUGCCCACUGUGGGAUGUUCUUUCUUCACCCAGCUGGUAUGUUUAGAGACUGCCACGAUCAAGCUUGAGAUCUGGGACACUGCAGGACAAGAGAAGUACCAUAGUGUUUGCCACCUUUAUUACAGGGGGGCGAAUGCUGCCCUUCUUGUAUAUGACAUUGCCAGAAAGGCAACUUUUGCAAGAGCAAAGCUAUGGUUGAGGGAAUUAGAGAAGGAAUUUCUUCCCGAUGAGCUCGUUAUUGUUUUAGUCGGCAAUAAGACAGAUCUUGCUGCUCAGCGGGAAGUCACCUUUGAGGAGGCAGAGGAGUUUGCAAAGAGCAAAAGCUUAAUCUACAUGGAAACGUCGGCAAAAUCCAACUACCAAGUGACCGAGGUGUUUAUGGCCAUAGCUCGCGAGUUAUUGAAACAGGAACAACAGAAGGAACCAGCCCUUCAGCCUCAGCCCUGGAAGAAGUCAUGGGUAGAUCUGCGAGAGCCAAGCGAUCACACUAAGAAGUGUUGCAUGAACUAAAGGAAAUGACAGACUGACCUAAGAUUACCAUCAAGUGUGUUUUUAUUUUGGGGAGGGCAGAAGGGAGGCUGGCCCUAUGUAUUGUGUGCAGGCAGCAUGGUUCUAGGGGGCAGCUUGUG